AUGAUUCUUUCAUUACUCUCCUGGUUCCGGCGGCUCUACUCGCUCGAUACUUUGGACACGCGAUUCACCGUUCCCGCCAACGUCCCGGUCAAACUCGCUGCCGAAGACACGCGAUCCGGCUCUGCGAAGGAUGCCCGCUCCAAUGCCGUCGCCAACAGCGCAUCUCCUUCUAGAUGGGGUACUCUUGAAUACUACGUCUACUACUUGAUUUUUCUCGUGGCCGUUCCGUUGAUGUUCAAAACCGUGGUUGAUGUCUCUCAAGAAUCACAUCCCACUUACUCCACCUACUCUCACCUUCUGUCUCCAGGUUGGAUUCCUGGACGAAAAGUCGACAACUCCGACGCGCAAUAUUCGGGCUUUCGUGAUAACAUCCCCUACCUCCUCGUUCUUCUAGUCGCUCAUCCUUCUCUUCGGCGCAUUUAUGAAUACUUUACUCGUGCCUCCAAUGCUUCCGCUACUAACAAUGCUACAUCCAUCGCCGCCGCGGGAGACGCUCGCGCUGCCCGACGUAUACGGUUCGACUACUGCUUCGCUCUGGUGUUCAUAAUAGCUCUCCAUGGAAUAUCGGCCAUCAAGGUCUUGAUUAUUCUCUACUUGAACUACAAGAUUGCGAAAUGCCUUCCGCGGAAGUAUGUUCCAGUGGCUACCUGGAGCUUCAGCAUAGGGACCCUGUUUGCCAAUGAGUUUUGCGGCGGAUAUCCAUUGGCGCGUGUUAUCGGUUUUUGGACGGCGGCUGCCGAUGGGCCGGGUCAGAAGUCAGCUCUUAUGGAAUGGGCGAAGCACUUGGACAGUUAUGGCGGUCUAAUGCCACGAUGGGAGGUCCUGUUCAAGAUCACUAUCCUACGCUUGAUCAGUUUCAACAUGGACUACUAUUGGAGUCUGGACUCUCCUGGUAGCAGCCCAAUUGAAGUAAGUCUUGUCAACAUGCGCAAUACAACCCCUUCUGACGACCAUAAGAAGAAACAACUCGAUCCGACAUCGCUUUCGGAGCGUGACCGCGUCAAAAUUCCCGCCGAACAAUCUGCGUUCAACGGCCGGAACUACCUCGCCUACAUCCUCUAUUCUCCUCUAUACCUGACCGGACCCAUUGUGACCUUCAACGACUACAUAUCCCAGCAGAGAUACGCACCCCAAUCGCUGACGAAAACCCGCACAAUCCUCUACGGAACUCGCUUCUUCCUAACCCUGCUUUCAAUGGAGCUGAUCCUGCACUUCAUUUAUGCAGUAGCAAUCAUCAACGCAUCGCCGGAUUGGUCGCUUUACACCCCUGCCCAACUUAGCAUGCUCGCCUUCUUCAACCUGCACAUCGUCUGGCUCAAACUCCUCAUCCCUUGGCGCUUCUUUCGCCUCUGGGCCCUACUCGACGGCAUCGAUCCGCCCGAGAACAUGGUUCGCUGCGUCUCAAACAACUACUCCGCCUUCGCGUUCUGGCGCGGCUGGCACCGCUCUCUCAACCGCUGGGUCGUCCGCUAUCUCUACGUUCCCUUGGGCGGCGGUAGCAACCGCUCAGCCACAACCCCAGCGGCAUCAACAAGCGGUACCAAGCCAGCAUCGUCGCCCCUCUAUGCCAAAGCCCGCCAAAUUUUCAACUUCCUCGCCGUCUUCACCUUCAUUGCCCUCUGGCACGAUAUUAACCUCCGCCUCCUGAUGUGGGGGUGGCUCAUCACCCUCUUCGUCCUGCCUGAGGCCAUCGGCACCCUGCUCUUCCCACCCAGCCGAUGGCGCUCUCGCCCGAACGCUUAUCGUGUUAUCUGCGGUAUUGGAGCAGUUGGCAAUGUGCUCAUGAUGAUGAUUGCGAAUCUAGUUGGAUUUGUACUUGGCUUGGAUGGCAUCAAGGGCCUGCUAUCGGAGUUAUUGGGGAGCUACGCUGGGCUUGUAUAUCUGGUUUCGGCUUGCUGUGCGCUGUUUGUUGGUGUGCAGGUGAUGUUUGAGAUUCGAGAGGAGGAAUUACGGGCAGGGAUACGCAUGAAGUGCUGA